AUGUCCUAUAAACAUGUUAAGCUAUCUAGAAGCGAUGUUAAAGGCAAGAAAUACAAGAUGGAAUUUUAUAACAAGGAUAAGCAAAGAAUAAAAACUAUACAUUUCGGCGCUAUUGGCUAUUCAGAUUAUACCAAGCAUAAAGAUGAUAGUCGCAAGGCUAAUUAUAUAAGCCGCCAUCAAUCAAGUGAAAAUUGGAAUGUACCAGACACAGCGGGAAGCUUGAGCCGAUGGAUUCUAUGGAAUCAUAAAAGCUUAAAUGAAUCUUAUAAAUCUUAUCUAAAUAAAUUUAACCUUACUAAAUUGUAA